AUGUCUUCAACUGGAACCGAGGAAACUUCUACCAAUGUUGAAAAUGCUACUUCUACCAAUGUUGAAAAUGCUAUUUCUCGCUUAGUGUUUGUGCCUAAUUUAUCUGGAAAUCCAGUUAUUACCUCUGAAAAAUUAUGUGGGUCACAAAACUACCACUCUUGGUCGGAUGCCGUUGAAAUGUGGUUUAUGGGCCAGGGUGUUAUUGACCACUUGGAACAUGGGGUAGAAACUGAGGUACCAGAAAAUGAGAAGGCAAUUUGGAAAAGGGUGGAUGCACAACUUUUUGUUGAUAAUUUGGUUAAUUUAAAGAAGGAUGGUAUGAGUAUGGAAGCCUUUCUUGGGAAAACUCAAAGUUUAUUAACUGAGUUUAAUAAGCUUUUACCCGUUGGAGGGACACCUGAUGAACAGAUUGCCCAACGUGAAAAGUUUUUUGUUGUUCUGGUUUUGACUAAAUUAGGCCCCGAGUUUGAGAAUACUCGAAACCAGAUUCUUGGGGAUAAAGGUGUGCCAGGGGUCCAAGAGUUGUUCAAACGCCUUCUUCAAGUGGCCUCUUUUCCUGGUGAAACUUCUGCAUCCACUACAGAACAAUCUGCUCUUGUGAUCCAAGGAAGUCGUGGUUAUAAUCUGGGCAAUCGGAAUAAAGACCGUAGUGGGCAGAAAAAUGCUAGAUACUGUGAUUACUGCAAUAGAUCUGGACACACACGGGACCGAUGUUGGAAACUGCACGGGAAACCGUUGCCUGCUCCUACAAAUGUGGCUCAACUCAAACUAGAAGAAUCAGGUUCUAAAAAUGUCUCUCUUGCAGAAUAUGAAGAGUUUGCACGGUUUAAGGCUAAUGCCCAAGCUACUGUUUUCACUCCUUUGGCUCAUACGGGAGAGACUCAUGCUGCCCUUGUUUCUCAAUCUGGACCUCUCGGACCACGGGUCCUUGAUUCAGGUGCCUCCGAACAAAUAUGUGGUAAUUCUUCCUUAUUGACCCAUCUCACAAACUCUAAGUCUCUUCCAUCCAUUGUGUUUGGUAAUGGAUCCAUUUGUUCUGCUAAAGGAGUUGGUAAAGCAAGACCUCUUCCUGAUUUACCCUUGUCAUCAGUCUUGCAUAUACCUACUUGUCCUUUUAAUUUGAUUUCCAUUCGUCAACUUACUCGUUCUCUUGAUUGUCUUGUCACUUUUUCUCCUGAUUCGGUUGUUAUACAGGACCGUCGUUCGGGGAAGACGAUUGGCUCGGGGUAUGAAUCAAAAGGGUUAUACCGUCUAUCCACUCCUGCUUUCGCUGUCUGUAGUGCUACUAUUUCUCCUUCCCUUACUCAUUGUCGUCUAGGUCAUCCAAGUUUGAAGAAACUACAACAACUUGAACCGAGUCUCUCAAAGCUGUCUUCACUAGAGUGUGAAUCUUGUCAAUUUGGGAAACAUUCAAGAACCUCCUUUCCUGAACGGAAAUUUCAAAAUGAAAUCAAGAAUCAAUUUGGAGUCUCUAUUAAAAUCCUUCGAAGUGAUAAUGCCAGGGAAUAUUUCAAUACUCCUUUGUCUACCCUCCUUGACUCUGAAGGUAUUCUCUAUGAGUCUUCUUGUCCAGAUACUCCACAACAGAAUGGUGUGUUUGAACGAAAGAAUAGGCAUUUAGUGGAAACCGCUCGGACUAUGCUCCUUCACUAUAAGGUUCCCUCUUAUUUCUGGGGAGAUGCUAUCCUCCAUUCAUGUUACCUUAUUAACCGUAUGCCAUCGUCUGUUCUACAUGGAAAAAUACCUUAUAACAUAUUGUUUCCUCAAGAGCCAUUACACAAGCUUCCGCUGAGGGUUUUUGGUUGCACUUGCUUUGUUCGGGAUAUUACUCCUGGUCGUGAUAAACUGUCACCCAAGUCCUUGAAAUGUAUUUUUGUGGGGUACUCUAGGGUUCAAAAAGGGUUCAGGUGUUAUUGUCCUGAGACACAGCGAUUCUAUGUAUCACCAAAUGUUACCUUCUUUGAGUACACUCCGUUCUUUUCAUCUGACUCUAUAAGGGUGGUGGAUCCUUUUCCUGAUGUCCUACCAGUUCCCUCAUUUGAAGGAGGGACAGAAAUACCAAUAUCUCCUGUUGUCCUACCUCCCAAUCCAUCACAAACCCACACUGUUUCUCCUUUCUAUUUAUCAUCUGUUUCUGUUCCUAAUUCAGUUAGGGAAGCUCUUUCCCAUCCUGGUUGGCAGCAAGCUAUGGUAGAUGAAAUGGUUGCUUUGCAAUCCUCGGGAACUUGGGACUUGGUUCCAUUACCUCCUGGCAAAACAGUUGUUGGUUGUCAUUGGGUUUAUAAUGUCAAAGUUGGGCCUGAUGGACAGAUAGAUAGACUCAAAGCUGGCCUUGUAGCCAAGGGGUAUACUCAAUCUCCACGUGCCUGGUUCGGACGUUUUAGUACAGUUCUGCAAGAGUUUGGGUUAGUCCAAAGCAAAGUGGAUCAUUCUGUAUUCUACCGGCAUCGACAUGGUAAGAGCGUUUAUCUUGUUGUUUAUGUCGAUGAUAUUGUUAUCACAGGAGAUGAUGCAGAAGGAAUACUCCAGCUAAAGCAACAUCUUUUCCAACAUUUUGAGACAAAAGGCCUUGGAAAAUUAAAAUACUUCUUAGGGAUAGAAGUUGCCCAGUCAAAGCAAGGGAUUUGUAUAUCUCAACGAAAAUAUGCUUUAGACAUAUUAAAGGAAACAGGUAUGAGUGAUUGCAGACCUAUUGAUACUCCCAUGGAUCCUAACAUUAAGCUUGUACCGGAACAAGGGAAGCCCUUUUCAAAUCCAGGAAGAUAUCGAAGAUUGGUUGGAAAAUUGUUGUACUUAACCGUCACUCGCCCUGACAUCUCUUUUGCAGUUAGCGUUGUGAGUCAAUUUUUUGCUUCUCCGUGUGAUAGCCAUUGGGAAGCUGUCAUUAGGAUCCUACGAUACAUCAAGAAGUCUCCCGGGAACGGUGUUUUAUACAAGGAUCGUGGAAAUAUAGAGUUGUUGGUUAUACUGAUGCAGAUUGGGCUGGGUGUUCUUGGGAUAGAAAGUCAACAUCAGGGUACAGCGUUUUUCUUGGUGGCAAUCUAG